GCUACUAACAUAGAUUGUUGAAUGUGGGCUGUGAAUAUUGCUUAAAUUUGCCAGUUUACCUGAAUCUUUGUUGAUUCUGUAUUGUUGACUCCAGCUGAAUAGGGUCUCUCUUAACAGGAUUUUAUACAGUGUAACAAAACAUUCCUGUUCUGAGUACAGACAGGAACUUCCCUUUGAAAAGGUCCAGAGUAAAUUGAAAAUUGAAAGCUGGCCAGUAUGGUUAAAAGAUCCAAGGAACUGGGGUUGGAGCAUUCAAUGCAGGAAACAGACUGCAGGGAGAAAGAGAUGCAGAAUCUGUGUGUUACAAAUGGGAGUACAGAGCAGUGCUGUGGGGAGCACAGACGGAGACUGGAGUUGUUCUGCCAGGAGGAUGAGGCCUUUAUCUGUGUCCUGUGUGUUCCCAGGCAUUCAUGUCACAGUUUUGUGUUCCUGCAUGAGGCAGUCAGUGUGUAUAAGGACAAGCUGAAAACAUUAUUAUCAUCCCUGGAACUAAAAGUCCGAGAUCUUAACGAUUUACAAACCAAGAAUGAGACUGAAUUCCUGGAGGUACAGGAACAUGCUGUUAAUUUGGAAAAAUACAUUGCAGAAGAGUUUGUAAAACUGCACCAGUUUCUCCAUGACAAGGAACAAAAACUCAUUCAACAACUUAACAACAAAGCAUCAGAAAUUCUGAAAGAGCUAGAAGAAAAUCUUGAAUGCAUUAAAACUGGUGUUACAGAAAUCCACUCAGCAGCAUCUGAUACUAACUUGGAAAUCAAAAAAGAAGUAGACAUUCUGGAAGAGAGAAAUGACACAGACUAUAUGGCAACCACUGAGGAAUUGGUGUUAGGUGACACCUCAGAACAUGGAAAACACAAACCUAAUGGAGUUCUAUCAGUUCCUGAAUCGUUUGAGGAUGUUGCUGUUACAUUCUCAGCAGAGGAGAUGAAGAUGUUAACAAAACAAGACAAGGAGCUUCAUAAGGAAGUGAUGCUAGAGAACUAUGAAGCCUUAGUUUCAGCAGGUUACAAGAUCCCCCCAGAGGCAUUGUUAGUGCUACUUAAAGAAGAUAAUGCUGAACUGCCAGAGAAUGACAAGGAUGGGAUAAACGGAACAGAACACAAGAAUAAUUUUAAAGAAAAGCCUGACAGCAAUGGGGGCAAAGAAUGGAGCAUUUGCUGGAGUCAGCAGCCAUCACUUGGAGUAUCUCAAUUACAUUCUCCUACAGAGAACCUGCAGCACUCUGUUCAAACUGUGAAGGGCUCUGAGAAGCAUCCUGUUAAAUCUGUACCACAGCUUCAUCCUGGAUACACCUUCUACAUGAACUCUGAAUGUGAGCGAAGUUCUAUAGUUCAGCAAAGUCCAUUAGUACAUCAGAGAGCUCACGAAGAAAAGAAACCACAUAAAUGUCCUGAAUACAAUAAGCGUUUCAAACGAAGGAUCCAUCUAGUAACACAUGAAAGGAUUCACACUGGGAUGAGACCAUAUAAAUGUCCUGAAUGCAAUAAAUGUUUCAAACGAAGGAUCCAUCUAGUAAUACAUGAAAGGAUUCACAACAAUGAGAAACCAUAUCAAUGUCCUGAAUGCAAUAAGUGUUUCAGACAAAGGACUGCUCUAGUGCAACACAAAAUGACUCACAUGGGAGAAAGUGAGAGACCAUAUACAUGUCCUGAGUGCGAUAAGCGUUUCAUAACAGGUAGUCACCUUAGAAAACAUCUGUCAGUUCACAGUGGGGAGAAACCAUAUAAAUGUCCUGAGUGCAAUAAGGGUUUCAUAACAACUAGUCACCUUAGAAAACAUCGGUCAGUUCACAGUGGGGAGAAACCAUAUAAAUGUCCUGAAUGCAAUAAGUGUUUCAGACUAAGAGAGAAUCUAAUAACACAUGAAAGGACUCACAUGAGGGAGAGACCAUAUAAAUGUCCUGAAUGCAACAAAGGUUUUACAACAACUAGUACCCUUAGAAAUCAUCUGUCAGUUCACAGUGGGGAGAAACCAUAUAAAUGUCCUGAAUGCAAUAAGUGUUUCAGACUAAGAGGCCAUCUAGUAGUACAUGAAAGGAUUCACACCGGGACGAGACCAUAUAAAUGUCCUAAAUGCAGUAAGUGUUUCCGACAAACAGGUACUCUAGUAAAACAUGAAAUGACUCACACAGGGGCAAGACCAUAUAAAUGUCCUGAAUGCAGUAAGUGUUUCAGACAAAGUAGUGCUCUAGUAAAGCAUGGAAAGACACACACAGGGGCAAAACAGCGUUGACAUCCAGGAACAAAAUCCAAGCUAUAAACCAAUUUGCUCUGCCUGUCCUAACUUACAGUUUUGGAGUGAUUGAUUGGCCUCAAAAUGUGAAAGAUAGAUUAGAUAUUAAAACAAAAUGGGUGCUCCAUGCUCACCAGAUCUAUAAAAAUCAGUGCUUACCAAGAUAUAUUCCCCGUUCUGAAUGAGGGAUGGGCCUCCUUGAAAUUGAUU